AUGCCUUUCUUCCAAACUUUGUUAGACAAUGAUUGGGAUGCUGCCAUGGAGUGUGUUAGGCAACAUCCUGAGAAACUAAAUGCGACCUUUGAACAAUUCGACAAUGGGACAGCUCUUCAUUUCUUAGUCUCAAACGGGAGGUUUGAAAUUGCAAAAGAGUUGGUGCAGCUAAUGAGCGAGGAAGACUUAGAAAUACUAGACUCUAUUGGUCGAACAGCUCUACAUUUAGCUUUAUUACAUCGAGGAGAUUCCCAUCAAAUAGUUAAGUUCAUGGUUGAAAAGAACAAGAAAUUACUUAGCAUUCGUUUUAACAAUGAUGAAAUUGCAAUUCCAUUUGUCUUGGCGACUAUAGAAGGAAGGGUAGCAAUGUCUCAGUAUCUCUAUUCUGCCUCUCCACUGGAAACUCUGGAGGACCUUGCCUAUGCCGGUGUAGUUAUGUCUCCGUGUGUGGAGUUGGGGAGUAUUGUACAUCCUGUACAUCGUGAAACUAAAAAUCUGACAGAUCGUAUGACACCAAGGGCCCUAUUUACCAAGAAGCAUAAGGAAUUGGUGAAAGAGGGCGAAAAGUCAAUGAAACAAACAGCAAAUUCUUGUACCGUUGUGGGUGCUCUCAUUGUGACCAUGAUGUUUGCUGCAGCAUUCACAGCUCCUGGAGGAAAUAAUGGAGAUAUUGGUCUUCCUAUAUUCUUGAAUGAAAAGGUGUUCAAAAUUUUUAUAUUCUCAGACGCUAUCUCCCUAUUUUCUUCCACAACUUCAGUAAUGACAUUUCUGGAAAUUCUCACAUCACGUUAUGCUGAAGAUGAUUUCCUCAAAUCAUUGCCUAGAAAAAUGAUAUUAGGCCUUUUCACUCUUUUUAUAUCUAUCGUCAGCAUGAUGAUUGCCUUUUCUUCUGCCCUUUUCAUUAUGCUCGACGGAAAACCAUCCAUUGUCAUACCAGUCAUUUUGCUUUCCAGUAUUCCAAUUACCUCGUUCAUAAGGAUGCAAUUUCCCUUCCUCGUUGAGAUAUUUAUUUCUACUUAUCGAGCAGGGAUCUUUAACAGGAAUGUCGAACCUUGGCCUUAG